AAGAGCCAAACUGAUGGAAAACCAAACACAGUCUAAAUGUUUAUACUUUUUGGCAUUUUACAAUAAUGGACAAAAAACACCAAUUAACUCCAUUGUCUUUUUCUUGAUUUAUGUGAUCGGAGGAUUGGGGAAUCUGAUUAUAAUAAUUGUUAUAUACUUAGAUAGUCACUUACACACCCCUAUGUACUGCUUUCUCUGUGCCCUGGCCUUUGAAGAUAUCUGUUACCCUACUGUCACUCUCCCUAAACUGAUUGACAUUUUACUUUCAGGAAAUAACUCAAUAACUUUUAUACAAUGUUUUACUCAAAUGUACUUUUUUGUUGCCUUUGCUGGAGUGGAAAUAAUGUUACUCUCUUCUAUGGCAUAUGAUCGGUAUGUUGCUAUUUGCAAGCCCUUAAAAUACCACCAGAUUAUGAGCAGAAGAGCCUGUGUACUGGUGAUUGUAGUGAACUGGGGUUUUGGCUUUGUUAACUCAGCAUUGCUAACAAGUCUGGCUUCAAAGUUGUCAAUUUGUGGUUCUGAUAAGAUCAAACAGUUUUUCUGUGACAUUAAGGCUGUGGCAGACAUCUCCUGUGAUACAACUACAUUUUACAAUUCUAUUUACAUUGACAUUUUUUCAUUAGGGCUUCUUACAUUUUCUAUAAAUGUAAUAUCAUAUAUAAAUAUAAUAAGAAACAUACUACACAUUAAGUCCAAACAUGGCAGGCAAAAGACUUUCUCCACUUGCACUUCUCACUUUACUGUUCUGAUCAUUCUCUAUGGGAGUGUAUUCUGGAUGUACAUGAGGCCACCUUCAAAAUCAGAGAACCUGGACCCAAUAUUCUCAGUAUUUUAUGUUGCAGUGACUCCCAUGUUAAACCCACUUAUAUAUAGUCUAAGGAAUAUAAAAGUAAAGAAUGCCCUAAUAAGAAUUGCAAGGAAAUGGCUUGUAUAG